ACGGACUUCCGGAACGGAUUAAGUUCAUAAACCGAGGUACCACUGUAAUGGCAUUUUAGGAUCUGAUCAGCUUUUGAAUUAAAUACUCUUUUCUUUCAGCUGAAAGGGUGCCCCAUCCAGAGGGCCCAGGCUACUUUGUCAAUAUUUGUGGUAGAUUAAUCAUCAACAGAUAAAUUCUCAUAGCUUUCUUUCCUGUUGAUCUAAAUAGCACUUUGUCCUUCCUAAUCAGGUAACUUAUACGCCAAAUCCCGCUAAAUAGUCUACCCACUUCAGCUGUAUAAUGGCUAAAGUUUCCUCAGGUGUGGCCUUGCUUUUACUAGUGUACUCCCUCUACAGCAGCCUACCAAGUUCAUUGUCAGUUUUUUUGAGAAAAGACGAGGCAAGCCAAAUCCUGAGAAUUCAUAAACGUGCCAAUCAUUUCUUGGAGGAGGUUCGCCAAGGAAAUAUGGAAAGAGAAUGCAAUGAAGAAAGGUGUUCGUUUGAAGAGGCAAGAGAGAUUUUCAAAUCAGAGGAGAAAACGGUGGAGUUUUGGUUCAUGUACAACAAUUUGGACACUUGUAAAGAGAAUCCCUGUAAGAAUGGUGGCAUCUGCAAGGUUAAACGCUAUAUAACUGUUUGCACUUGUCCUCCCAGAUUUGGAGGGAGCCACUGUGAAAUAGAGAAAUCUGAAUGCUGGUACAAGAAUGGUGGCUGCUGGCAAUAUUGCCAUGACAAUGAACGUUCGCUUCAAGUGACCUGUUCUUGUGCGUUGGGAUAUACGCUAAGUGAAGAUGGGGAGAGGUGCACACCGUCAGAUCGCUUUCCCUGUGGACUGGUUAAGAGAUCAACACGCUCUAACAAGGAAGGAUCAGAAGAGUACAACCAAACUAAUGUUUGGGAUAUGACUGGGACGGAUACAAGAGUUGCUCAGGAGAACGUGGCCCACUGGAAUCAGUCAUUGGCUUACAACUCCUCAGCAAGCCUGAAUGACACAAUGGAGGGAGAGGCUGAGGAAGAAGGCACUGAAGAGAUGAAAGGAAACUUCACAGACUCCUUCAUCUGGCUCAACUUCAAUGACAGUGCUGAAAUGGAUGGUUCCAGGGUAGUUGGAGGCUCGUUCUGCCGCCCAGGAGGCUGUCCCUGGCAGGUACUGCUCCAAAAUAAGAGAGGUUACGGUUUUUGUGGUGGCAGCUUAAUCAGCAGUCGGUGGGUGCUCACUGCAGCACACUGCCUGGAUACAGUUAUCCCACAUCAAGUUACUGUAGGAGAUUUUGACAUACAUCAGCGAGAACGGCAUGAACAAAAGGUGGGAGUUCGACAGUACUGGAAACAUCCUCAGUAUGACUCUACGAACUUCAACAAUGAUAUUGCGUUGAUCCAGCUGACCAGCAGUGUGGUUUUCAGCGAGCACGUACUCCCCAUCUGCCUUCCCAACCCUCAGCUAACUACUUUACUGAUUGGAGAGGGGGCAUCAGGAAUGGUUAGUGGAUGGGGUGCUACACAUACCAAGGGUAAGUCAACUCGCUUCCUCAUGAAAGUCAGCUUGCCUAUUGUGAGCGCAGACACUUGCAGGCCAUCAACCGAGAAGCUCAUCACUGACAACAUGUUUUGUGCAGGCUAUGCUGAAGAAGCACAAGAUGCUUGUAAAGGAGACAGUGGAGGACCUUUUGCUGUAGCUUAUCGCAGCACCUGGUAUCUCCUGGGGGUUGUCAGCUGGGGGGAAGGCUGCGCCGAAGUGGGAAAAUAUGGGGCUUACACACGUGUAUCCAACUACAUUUCAUGGAUAAAAGAAACCAUUGAAAGCACGACUGAUUCGGAAGGACUUUCACGUUCCCUGUAACAGAAGCAAUUUUUUAGUAUACUCUCUGCACAUUUGACAAUUAUUUGCAAGUACUUGUGUACACAGUUAACACUGCAGGACCGCUUCCUCAGCUGUUCUUGAAAGUUGCUCCAGUAUCCAGAAAUAUGAGGCAUGGGAGAAUUUACACACACAUCUUCAGCAGGGGAUAACUUUAUUUUAAUAACUUUUUUAAAAUGAAGAUUUUGUAGCCAAUUUCCUUUGAGUAAUAGUGUGUAGUACGUUUAGUUCACUGUUCUACACACAUACAUCUUGCAGUAGUCUUGAAGCAGUAACCAGGAUGUGAAAGAGGACUCAAGCAAUCACUGUUACCUAGCCACAGCAAUUUUAUUUCUCAUAAUUAUUCCAACUUAAACUUCAUUAAAUAUCUAGUCUGCAGCCCCCCACCUUGCUGAGCAUGGUGACUUAAGUAACCCCAAAUACUUUACGAAGUAACAGUCAUAUUUUUGGACAUGUUUUUGAACCUAAGAAUUGUAGGCAAUUGCUGUUUUGCAUGGGAAAUGUAUGUACACUUGGUCUGUCGUGUCAGGGAUUCUCCCUGGCACCCAUUCAGAUUAAUGGCAUAAAAAACAUCAUUAAAUAAUUUUUCAAGUGUCCAAUAUGGAAAGUUAUUCUGGCAUACACUUAGCCACUCAUGUUACUAUAAUGUUUUUUAGCUUCAACAGCACAGGAGAGGUAUAAUUCCUUUAAAUUCUCUAGAGCAGGAAUAGCUAGCUUUCUUUGGCCAAAGGGCCAUCUUCACACAAUGGGGUGUAGCCAAUUCUCUUUUCUGCUGAUCUGUGGAGACUGAUGAACAAUGAGGGGACAAUUUACAUCAGCAGCAGGGAGCUGCUCAGAGAGACAUUGAUCUCACCACCCACCCAUGUGUUGUGUCUAAAUUUAUUUCAUUUUGCUUCUAUAAAUAUAUUAUCAAUGUCUUCGGGGGUGGACUGUGCCACCAGGCUAGGGAUGGAUCUCUCUAAUGCUAGAAGUAUUACUAGUAUUUGUUUGUGCUCCGGCACAUUUCAGAUAUAACCCACCUUGCGUCUGAUAAACCAGUUUAUUUCAACCAGUACUAAGUAGUGUGCCGCAACUCUCCUCUUAAGGUAAUUCCCUCUGGGUUUGUUAAACUACCGUUUCCAUUUAUGUUCAAUCCAGGAAACUGGGGAUUAAAUAAACCAAGAUUUCAAGCCAUGACUUUGCCCCUGUUUACAUGCCAGGUCUAAAACUGAUCUAAUCUCUGCUUUUCAGUUUACAUAUAACGAAGAAGAAACUGGUUCAACAAAUGACAGAAGUAUUGCAUUAAGACAUGGACUUUUGUGAAGUUUUCACGAUUAUUCAAUUAUUGUAAAUUAUAUUUUAUAACAAAGAUAGCUUAUAGAAAGCUUUUGAAAUUAAAAGCGAUCUUUCCUCAUUCUCAUCAUCAAUGUUACAGAGCAAAAGAAGAACAGGCAGUUAUAUAACCUGAUAGCAGAAUUCCAUCAGACAAAAACAGUAGCAAAGUAUUUUCUUCAAGUCCACUUAGGUUUCUAGUAUCCCACGUGUACCUUUUUCUUGUAUAAAGAAGGGGAUGUGUUCAAUGCUGUACAAGCAAACACCUGCUUGUGCAACAGAACAUCAGUGCCCCCUGCACUCCCAACCCUCUGUAUCAGAUUUCUGAGAGGGGUGCAGGGUAGAGAGAAGGGUAAGUCCACUCAUGAAUCACUAAAUGCAAUUCCAAGUGUACCCAAUACUACGGUAGUCACUACCAUUUGCUUUGAUCAAAGUGACAAAGACCCAUUCUAAAACAUUUGUUGAUAGCGUUAAAACAUAGGCUACAGCCCAUAAAAAGGUUCAGUUAAAUGCUUAAGUCCAAUUAGACUUAGGCACAGUAAUUUUUCAGCUGGUUAUGCCCCUUAUCUCUAAAAUGAAACAGCAUUACUUAAGAUUGUUCCUAGUGUGGUUUUAAAGGUAGAACAGGCGACUUUACCUUUUUCAUUAGCACCAAGAGAGAAGUAAAAGACUCCUAGUGUAACUAAGUCAGUCACUAGACAUGUGUAUAUAACAACG